AUGAAUCCCCUUUUGCACCUCUACUGUAUUCUCUCCCUUGUCCUUCUUUUCGCAAAUCCCGUCGUUUUCGUUGCUGCUGCCCACACCUCCAACUGGGCCGUUCUGGUUUCGACCUCGCGAUUUUGGUUCAACUAUCGUCACCUUGCCAAUGUCCUCUCCUUAUAUCGAACGGUGAAGCGCCUGGGCAUUCCGGACUCCCAGAUCAUCCUCAUGCUACCGGACGACAUGGCGUGCAAUCCGCGGAACGCAUUUCCGGGGACCGUCUACAACAACGCGGAUAGAGCUCUGGACCUGUAUGGUGAUAACAUCGAGGUGGAUUAUCGGGGCUACGAAGUGACGGUGGAGAGCUUCAUUCGUCUACUCACAGACCGGCUGGAUGACGACGUGCCUCGCAGUAAACGUCUGGGUUCCGACGCCGGGAGCAAUGUCCUGGUAUACAUGACCGGACAUGGCGGCGAUCAAUUCCUCAAAUUCCAAGACUCGGAAGAAAUAGGCGCGUGGGAUCUCGCGGACGCGUUUGGGCAGAUGUGGGAGAAGAAGCGGUAUAAUGAACUGCUCUUUAUGAUCGACACUUGCCAGGCCAACACCAUGUUUACGCACUUUUACUCCCCCAACAUCAUCGCUACUGGCUCCAGUGCCUUGGACCAGUCCUCCUACUCCCACCACGCCGAUAGCGACGUCGGAGUCGCCGUUAUUGAUCGCUGGACUUACUACAUCCUUGAAUUUCUCGAAACACAAGUCACCUCGCCAAGCUCUAAACUCACCCUCGGUGACCUUUUCGAUUCAUACGACGAGGCGAAAAUCCACUCUCAGCCAGGUGUGCGAUGGGAUCUUUUCCCCGGCGGCGAACAAGCGGGUCGGUUACGCAAGGUCAUGGACUUUUUCGGCAAUGUACAGGAUGUUGAGAUUGAAGCCGGCUAUAACGGAACGGGAGGGUCCAUUCAAGAAGACCUGGCGGCUAUUGCAAAGCUAUUGGCAUUUCCUUGCUGGCUGGCUUAG